AUGUCCCUGCUGAAAUUGACGGAAAAUUUGAACAUUGCAUCAACUGAUUCAUCAAAGAAAUCAACAUCAGAUAUACCAGAUGAAGAAACUUCAAAAUCUCCUUUAUUAAUGGCAAUUUCCAUGAUUGUUGUUAGUGAAAUCGGUGACAAGACUUUCUUAAUCUCUGCAUUGAUGGCUAUGAGUCAUUCAAGAGUGUUGGUGUUCACUGCUUCAUUUGCUUCAUUAGCUGUUAUGACUGUACUUUCAGGUAUUGUCGGUCAUGCAUUACCUACAUUAAUUUCUCAAAGAGUUACACAAUUCUUGGCUUCAGGUUUGUUUAUAAUAUUUGGUAUCAAAUUAACAAAAGAAGGUUUAGAAAUGUCUAAAGAUUUAGGUGUUGAUGAAGAAUUGGCUGAAGUUGAAGAAGAAUUAGAAGUCACAAACAUGAAUCAUGAAAUGAGUGAUUUAGAAGGUGGUGCUGGUGGUGCUAACCCUCGUCAACGUCGUCCUUCAAAUCCAAAUGUUGAGAAAGAAGCUAAAUUAAUUAAUCAAAUCACAGAAUCUUUCAAAUCCCUUUGUGGAUUAGUUUUACAUCCAGUUUGGAUCCAAUGUUUUGUCAUGAUCUUUUUGGGUGAAUGGGGUGAUCGUUCACAAAUCGCCACUAUUGCAAUGGCUGCUGGUUCAGACUAUUGGGCUGUUAUUUCUGGUGCGGUUAUUGGUCAUGGGUUUUGUACAAUGGCUGCGGUUAUUGGUGGGAAAAUGUUGGCUUCAAGAAUCAGUAUGAGAACUGUCACUUUAGGUGGUGCUUUUGCCUUCUUUGUCUUUGCAAUUUUGUAUUUUGUUGAAGCUUUGAAUCAUACUGAAAAUUAG